CUUACAUGUCUGUCAUGAAAGGAACGCAAUUUGUUAUGAGUUUUCUUCACGAUAUUUCGUGACAAGUUUAAUUUUGAACAAUAAAUAAAACAUUUAAAUAAUUGUAAGCAUGAACAGAGUGCAGUAAAAAUAUAAUUAUAACAUCUUGCUUGACUUAAACGCUAAGGUUUUGAAAAUAUGGAGUUUCCAACCCUUGGAGAACACUGCCAGUAUCCAGAUUGUAACCAAACUGACUUUCUACCUCUUCAGUGCAAAUGUGGCAAGGUUUUCUGCAGAGAACAUUUCAACCUUCAUUGUCUAUCCGGCGAGUGUGAAUUGGCGCCGAAACCCAAAGAAGUUAACCUCAAAAAUGAUGACCAGAUAUUCAGGUGCUCAGAAAAAGGUUGUAGGAAAGGAAACCUGCAUGAGAUGUUGUGUUCUAAGUGUAAUAAACACUAUUGUAUUGAACAUAGAUUCCAUCCAACUUGUCCAGAAAUAGAUGAUGAAACAAUGGCAGCAAAGAUUGAGCAGUUUGAAGCUCCCAGGAGACAGUUCAGAGAGGCCAAUAAGCAUUUACAAGAAAAGAUCACAGAAAACAUCCGCAAAGCUCUCCAAUCAUCAGCAAAAGUGAAGACAGCUUCAAAAAUACACCUUAUGAGGAUAAAACAAAAGGCUAUCGGACCCAAGACCAUUCCGGCUACUGAUAGAGUCUACUUCGCCAUCAAAAAACCUUCGAAUAUGGAACCAAAACCAAUAAGAAUCAUACAAGAAGAGGACAGUAUAAAAAAGUUUGAUACUGUCACUUUAGAACCGGACUUAAAAGACACGGUUCCAAUUUUUAUAAGUUCAAAAUGGAGUUUAGGGCGAGCCAUAGACAGUAUUUGUGAUUCUUGUAAUAUUAAAAAUGAUAAUAACAAAGUUAGUGAGGUCAAGCUUAGGUUGUUUAGACAGCUCGAUAGUUAUUGUAUCAGUCCUUUGAAGAUGGAUGUGGAAGUUUCCGAGCUGAUGAUGAAUGAGGUUCUAUUGGAAGGGGAUAAGCUGGUAGUAGAGUAUGUUGAUAGUAAUGUGUUUAAUGAGUUGGAGGAGCAUGCUCAGUUGUUUUUGAGUUGAGUUCUUAUGUAUGUAAAUAUAUUUACAAUAUUU